AUGUCUAAUCAUUUCAAUGAAAGUGGCCAUGAUAAAGAAGCAAAGGAUAUUUGUGAGUAUACAACGUUCAUCAUUGCAUUAAUUCAAUGUCAUGUUGAAGUUGUCAAUUAUCGAGUCUCUGUUGGAAUUGAUAAAGAUGUAAAGAAUAAAAAUGGAAAAACUGCACUUGAUGUUGCAAAUAACAACGUAAAUGUUUAA